AGACAGAGCGAGAGACAGAGUUGAGAGCGUGUGGGGUCGGCACACAGAAGUAGCCAACCACAUCCCAUUUUUCGCCAUUGAACAAAGGCUGAAGCUUUCCUCUCUCUCCUCUCUCGCAGAAUCUCUCUCUGCAGAUUCUCUCUCCUCUUGCUCUUCCCCACUCGAUAGCUUCAAUCGGCAGCUUCGCUCUGCGGCCUCGUACACGCAGAGCGCGAGGGAGAGUCGACCGCUCUGAGCCCUAGCCUCCGCUGAUUCGAUCUCCUUGCUGCAUCAGCUCUCAGGUGGUGGUGCAACAAUGUCAACUCCUGCGAGGAAGAGGCUGAUGAGGGAUUUUAAGAGGCUGCAGCAAGACCCUCCGGCGGGUAUCAGCGGUGCACCUCAGGAUAACAAUAUUAUGCUAUGGAAUGCUGUUAUAUUUGGACCUGAUGAUACUCCCUGGGAUGGAGGUACGUUCAAGUUGACUCUUCAAUUCACAGAAGAUUAUCCAAACAAACCACCAACAGUGAGAUUUGUUUCUCGCAUGUUCCACCCAAACAUUUAUGCGGAUGGAAGUAUAUGUUUGGACAUCUUACAGAACCAAUGGAGUCCGAUAUAUGAUGUUGCUGCCAUACUCACAUCUAUCCAGUCAUUGCUGUGCGACCCGAAUCCUAACUCUCCUGCGAAUUCAGAAGCGGCUAGAAUGUUCAGCGAGAACAAGCGAGAGUAUAACCGAAGAGUGAGGGAAAUCGUGGAGCAGAGCUGGACGGCAGACUGAUAGAAACCUUCAUAGAAGAUUCCACCUGAAGCUUUCCUUUCAUGGCGCUUUAAGGGACUCUCUUCUCCCUGAGAUCUGAGAACCUGUUUGGUUUUGUUUCUGGUGGAUUAUUGAAUCAUGCUGCAUUUCUCACCAUGAUUGCGUCAUUUUAUCUUCUUAUAAGUCUGCAUGUCUCUUUAAGGUUUUUGUAAAAUAGGUGGGACAGAAUAACUGCUUGCAAUGAGCUGGGCCCAGACAAUUGUUUUCUGCAUUAAGUAUAAAUGUCGUAGUUAUCGAGUGAUUUGGUUCAUA